AUGAGAAAUGCUCAAAAUGUACUUCUUUCCGGCGGCUCAGCAAGAGGGUUGGGUUCAAUCAUACACUGUGAUCGGUUUCGAGCUCUAUUUUCUAUGAAUGUUAGAGUGAAAUGCCAUGCGGAUGGUGCUCUCUUCAUUCGUGUGAAAAAUCUCGAGCAUGCAAAAUUCUUUGGUGGUGUUUUUCAAAGUGUAGUUGACCUACACAAACCUGACAAGGCCUUCCCUGCUGAGUGCACUUCAAAACGGGGUCCAUUUGAGUGUUUCUUCCCAAAAUCUUUGGUGCAAUACCUGAAAUCUGUGAUUUACUUCCUCAAUUCGGCAUUUGAUGCAUUUCAAAUAAGAAAUACAUUUUCGAAUCAUUUGCGUGAAACCAUUAUGAAUCACACCCUUAGUAAUGGUGAUGUGCCUAUGCUACAAGAUUUCAGGACACAAUUGAUAAGUGUAUUGCCCCCACCAAGUAGUGACAAAGGAUUUGUAAUUACUUCUUUAUUCGGACAUACCUUUGCUCUACAGGGCUUGAAGAAACCCAUGUUUGUUGAUGAGAAAUCUGAGACAUUUGAAAGCGCACUUAUGGAUUGA